AUGUCUGCCAUGGAGGGGACAUCGUCAGACAUGGGCGAGAGCAUGGGUGUCUCUACGCCCAUCGACAAUCAUCCCACUUCCAAAUUCGUCGCAAGCCCAUCGAGGGCCGCAAAGAAGAUCAUGUACCAUGCCCACACCUUGGUCCUCUUCACGUGCGACAACCUAAAAGACGUGGUCAUCCCUCCCGCAGUUUUCGGCGUGCUCGCCACUCUUUCCGGCCCAGCUUUGGAAUUACCACCCCAAGACGGUCUCGCCGUAUUGCGAAGACGUCAUGAAUCCUCAGUCCAAGAAGACGCAAUCAACAAGCCCUGGCGUCCAAUCCCAACAGGAAGAAUCAACGCAGCACAGACUACGAAUCUGAUGAUUGCUGCAUACCUGGCACUUGCACUUGUCAGUUACCAGUUCAACGUAGUGCCAAUCUACGUCGCAUGGGUUGUCUUCAACACCUUGUACCACGAUAUGGGCGGAAGCGACUACAGCGGCAUCUCGCGCAAUGCCAUCUGUGCUCUUGGCCUCGUCUGCCCUUUCAGCGGCGCUCUAAGCAUCGCCCUUGGCCCGGAUACUACGAUGAGCUACGCAGCAUGGCAAUGGAUCUUUCUGGUCACACUUGGUAUCAUCGGCACAACGAUUCAUGCCCAAGACUUUCGCGACGAAGCCGGCGAUCGAGCCCGUGGCCGGCGCACCAUUCCGAUUGAGUUGGUGUUCAUAAUGCCGUCCAUCCACCCUGCCAUCGACAACGGUAUCAAGAAGGGCGACCCAAACUUCUCCGGCGGCAAGCUCUACUGCCAUUGCCCCACCAAGAAGGUCGAAGUUACCCUCGCUGGCAACGUCGCGCACAACCACGCCUGCGGCUGCUCGAAAUGCUGGAAGCCAAAGGGCGCUCUUUUCUCCGUCGUUGGCGUCAUUCCAAAGGACAACGUCUCCGUGACCGCCAACGGCGACAAGCUGCACAUCAUCGACGAAUCAGCGGCCAUCCAGCGCAACGCCUGCAAGCAAUGCGGCGUCCACCUCUUCGGUCGCAUCGUCGUCGACCAUCCAUUCAAGGGCCUGGACUUCGUCCACGUUGAACUCAGUGACAAGAAGGGAUGGCAAGAGCCCCAGUUCGCCGCCUUCGUCAGCAGCAUCAUCGAGCAGGGUUUCAAUCCGAAGGAGAUGGACGUCGUACGAGAGAAGUUCAGGAAGGAGGGUCUGCAGACAUACGAUGUGCUCAGCCCAGCGUUGAUGGAUCUCAUCGCCACGUACACGGCGCAAAAGAGCGGGAAGCUGUCUUCGAAGUUGUAG